AUGUGAGGAAAUGCAAUACAGAUUUCAAAUAAAGAAUUGCUUUUUGCAGGGCCGAAAGCAUAUUCUAAUUGAGGUGCAGCUGGAAUAAUUGACUUUACAAGAUAUGAGAUUGCAAUGUUUUUCCCCUUCCCAUUUGAAGAUGAUUUCUUUGGUUUUUGGGUAGCUUAUUUUGAGCAAAAUGUUUAUGUUUUUGGUCUCUCUAAAAUUAAUAGAAACCAAAAUUCGGUAGCUAAGAAGCUAAGUUUAACAAAAAGUCGAUGAAAGGCGCUGGCUGCUCCCCCAGCUAAUGUAGAUGAAUGCUCAUGCGUCUUUUAUAAGCACUCAAUUCUGAUUGCAGGAGGCAAAAAGAACAAAAUAUAUCAAUAUAAUAUUGAUCUGGAUAGCUAUUUAGAGCGUGACCCCUCAAUGCUCUAUAAUAUACACUUGAUCAGGAUUGCAAUUCAGUUUUGAGUAUGCUAUACGUCUCCAAUUCAAAUAACUUCCAAUUUCGCUUUCAUAGAUUGAUCCCUUGUCCCAUUCAAUCAAAUAUAG